AUGUCUAAUACUUCUUCAAUCGCUCCGGCCGAGACCCCCUUGACUGGCCACAUGAACCCUUUGUUCAAAACGCCAGUGGAAUGGGCAGGGGACGAGCGAGUAGCCAGCUGUAUACGCCAAGACCCCUUACACUGUGUUGGCACUCCAGCUCGGGAUAAUUUUGAGAAGAAUAACCAGAUGACAAUCGAAGUUAGAUUCAAGAUCUAUACCGACAUGGAGGUCGACUUGAACGCUGCAAAUCAGAGCACCCCAAAGGUUGGGGCUGGUAAGAAGGCAGCGAAGUCAGCCAAACUCAAUUUAAUAGACUCUAGAGCCAUUAACAGUCAAUACCUCAAAUUGAAGAUUUGUCUGUUUGGUAAGAGUCUUAUCGAAUUUGAGGACCUGGUGGCUGGAGCUUGUGAGGUGUAUGAGGCUGGUAUGAAAAAGAUCAUUUUGAAUAGUUCAUUCUUGCCGGACCUGAAGUGGAAAGCCACUCUUGAAAAGUCGACCAAAAAAAUGGGAGUUGUUUCAAUUGAAAAUGAAAAUGUACAAGUCAAAGCGAAAGAUGGUAAUAAGGCUUUGGCAACUAAGAAGCUCAUUGCGGCCACCAACGGAGGUGGGGCAGAAGAUCAAGAAUCUGAGGAAUCAAAGCAAGAACGAGAGUUAAAAACUCUGGCUAACCAGAUUUUUAGCCAACAUGAAAUUGACAAGGGUACCAAAGGCCCUGGGUGGCCGCCAACAUUGCCACCCCCGAUAUACCUCCAAACACCUUGGAGUUCCGGUACAAAAUCAAGAAGAAUCAAUGGAUCCACCCUGACAUGGGGUGGGAUCACCGUGUCCAACUUUGAUUAA